AUGAAGCUCCAGCUUCUUGUGUCUAUCGGGAUCCUGCUAGUUACGCUCUUGCCCUGCCAAGAAUGCAGAGCUCUCAUCAGCAAGGGAUCCGCGUCGACCAUGGGGUCCGCAGCUCAACCCCUGGACUUCUUCCAGCCGCCUCCACCGCCUCCGAAUCAGCAGCAGCCCCUGCCUCUCCUGCUCCGCAUGGGAGAAGAAUACUUCCUGCGCCUGGGCAACCUCAACAAGAGCCCCGCUGCUUCCUUCUCCUCCCUGUCCUCAUCCUCCCCCUCCUCCCCUGGCAUCAACCCUGGUAGCCACUUCUCCCCUGAGGUCUCCGUCUCCAACUUUUUCCGGGGGGCCGUCCAGCGGCUCCAGCACCUGCAACUCCCACAGCGUUCCCUGGACAGCCAGGCAGGUCUAGGGGAGGGAGGAGCUGAGAGUACCUACAGCGAGCAGCGGGAGGCGAUGGAGAGGGAGAAGCGGUCGGAAGAACCUCCCAUCUCCCUGGAUCUGACUUUCCACCUCCUCCGAGAAGUCUUAGAAAUGGCCCGGGCCGAACAGUUAGCCCAGCAAGCUCACAGCAACAGGAAAUUGAUGGAGAUUAUUGGAAAGUGA